CGUAUUCCCACAACCAAAACCCUAAAACCCCUAAAAUGUCCUCUUUCUCUUUCUAGGGCAGCUGAGCUCCUCAUCAUCCCGAUCCCAAUCCCUCCUCCUCCGCCUCCUCCUCCGCCGCCUCAACCGCCUCUCGAACCCAGAGGCUCCGACGCCGCCUCCGCCACGGCAUCACCUCUUCCGCUGAAGUCGCCGCCACUUCCUGCGAUAACAAUCUUUCUCUCAGACCCCGAAGGACCCUAAACCCUAAUCGCUAAAUUCUCACGGGGAAAAAUGGCUUAUUUUCGAAGCUCUCAUCAAGCACUCCGUCGCCUCAUCGGCCAGCACCCAAACCCUAGCUCCGAUCGCAUCACUAAUUCCUUGCUCUUCAGUGCCCAAGGCCUUCGAUUUAGAAAGCUCGAUGUCAUUCUCACGACGACGAUCGAUAAAUUGGGGAAAGCUGGAGAUACUGUGAAAGUAGCACCGGGGUAUUUUCGUAAUCACUUGAUGCCCAAAUUGCUUGCGGUUCCUAAUAUUGAGAAGUUUGCUUAUUUAGUUCGAGAGCAACGCAAGCUUUAUCAGCAUGAAGAAAAGGAAAUUGAAGUUUCAAAGGCAAAGGAAGAGAUUUUGGAGACAACUGAUGACACUUCCAAGGAAAAUAAAAUGAAAGAAUAUCAAACAGCUGCAAUCCGUCUUCAUAAUGGGCGCCUGGGUUUGAGGAGGCUAGUCAAGGUUGACAAUGAGUUGCGCACACCUGUUACAAAAGAGGAGCUUGUUGCUGAGGUUGCAAGGCAACUCAAUAUUUGUAUCUACCCGGAAAAUCUUAACCUAGCAUCGCCUCUGACUACCGUGGGAGAGUAUGAGGUGCCUCUUCGUCUGCCAAGGGAGAUUCCUCGACCCGAAGGAACCCUUCAAUGGACUCUUAAAGUUAAGGUCAGGCGAAAGAGAAGUGGAAAUGAUACCCCUUUCAAAAAUUCUGUGUCAAAGCCAACAGUUGAGGAACCUAUUCCAAGCUAGUACACUGUUGCUUUAGGAUCAAUUGGGUUAUUCCUUUUAGUUUUUUGUUCUGAAAGCUUGAAAAGGCGCGAGUUGCAUUUUUGAGUAUGCUUAUUUGUUGGAAGAGGAAGGGUUCAUUUCUUACAUGAAGCUGUUGUCUUCAACUUUUUUG